UCUGUGACAAUGUCGUCAGUCAAGAAGAAGGUCCUGUGGGAAGACAGGGAGGUGCUGUUUGAUCUGCCCUUCGAAUAUUUAAAAUUGAGAUCAGGGGAGAAAAUUUUCGAUCGGAUAGAACUGAUUGAAGACACGAGAGGCAACAGUGGAGUGAAGGGACGCAUGGUGGUCACCAACCUAAGGAUCAUCUGGCACUCUGUCACCUCACCCAGAAUCAACCUGUCCAUCGGCUUCAACUGCGUGAUAUCAACGAGCACAAAGCUAGUGAAGUCUGGUCUCCGUGGCAGCAAGCAGGCUCUGUACGUGCUGGCUGGCUACAAGGGGUCCAGAUACGAGUUCAUCUUCACCAACCUGGCUCCCAACUGCGUCAGGCACUACGCCACAGUCUGCGCCGUUCACAAGGCUUACGCUGGUUCGAGAAUGUACAGAGACCUUAAACUUAGAGGACCUAUUGUCCACAAUAAACAAUUAAGAGUUCUUCCUCUCGAGAAGAUAUGCUUACACGAGACGGGUAUCUGGAACCUAUCGAGUGAGUCUGGAAGCCUGGGCACCAUGAUCAUCAGUAACGUGCGAGUUGUCUGGUACUCUGAUGUCAACGAAGCGUUUAACGUCUCUCUGCCCUACAUUACUAUUGAGAGUAUUACCAUUCGGGACUCAAAAUUUGGUGACGCAUUAGUAAUCGUAGUGCGUCCUACAUCCGGAGGAUAUGUGCUGGGCUUCCGAGCAGAUCCUCACGACAGAUUGCAUCCACUCCUUGAAGAACUGCAGACCCUGCACCAAGCAUACACCGAUAAACCAGUGUUUGGUGUUGAAAUCAAAUGGAAUAAUGAGGAAUCGCGUGAAGCACCCGAUGACAUUGAAGAAUUAGAAGAAAUAGGCGAGCCACGUGGAGAGAUGGGUCCCACAAUCUAUUUAGCGUCUCAACUGGCUCAAGGACCUGAAGACUUGGACGUGCAACCCGUAUAUAGCUCCUACUUGGGAUUAGCCAUUGAACCAUUGAAAGACGGAGUAACGUUAAAGGCCUUAUUUGAAGUACAAACUAUGUCAUAGUUUUAAAACUAUAAACAAUUUUUAUUGCUGCUAUUGAGGAAAUAUUCUGAACUCACCGAGAUCUACUACAAAUGUGUUGCUAACAUUACUUACUAGUUUACUA